CUGAAGGUGCAGGUCACGCUCUUCAGUCAGAGUAGCUCUCCGUCAGGACCAAUUCAGAUCUGUGGCUGACUGACUGACUGAGAGAUGCCUCUGCUGCUGCUCUGUGUGCUUUUCCAGGCUUUGCCUUUGUCUCAAGGGCUGAGUGUAACAGAUGACCAUCCUUCAAUAAAGGUGUCAGAGCAUGACAAUCAUACGGACCAACAGAUUGAUCUCUCCACACUAAGCCUCUCUGAUGGCUGCUCUGGCACGAUCAGGGCUUUUCACCAGAACACUACAAUCAGCGUGACCCUCAAUCUUCUGGAUGCUCAGGAAAAGAGCAAGCUUGCACUUCAAAUCUGUGAAAAUUUAGGUUGUGGCCACGUUUCUGAGCACAGCACGACUGCAGCGGUGCACAAUGGUGCUUGUGUUGCAAACUGCAUCCUGAGAGACUCAAAGCUGCACAACUGCACUACAGCCGCAAAAGGCGACUGCAUGAAUGCUACUGAAGUAACCUGUGAGCAUCAUAAGGUCCAAUUGGUCGGAGGACCCGAUCAUUGUGCUGGACGGGUGGAGCUGCUGGAUUCAGGGAAUUGGGGAACGGUGUGCGAUGAUGACUUUAAUGUGACAGCUGGAAACAUUGUGUGUGGCCAGCUGAAUUGUGGCAGUGCAGUAAGACUGGGCUUUUUUAGGGCCGGCAAAGGACCCAUCCACAUCAGCAAAAUGAAAUGCAAUGGAUCAGAGAGCAACUUAUGGGAGUGCAGUUCCAACAACAACACUGACAGCUAUUGUGGACACAAGAACGAUGCUGGAGUUGUGUGUUCAGGGAGUAUUGAGAGCAGCUUUACAAACAGCCCAACUGUACCAGAGCUGACAACAUUGGCAGCAUCAACAGUAGCAAUGGGAGGCAGCACUGGAGUUUCAGGAGCAGCGAUCGGCUGCAUCCUCUUAUCCAUCGCUCUGCUUAUUUUUAUUGUUUUAAAUGUUGCCAUCUGUUUACAUUUCAGAAAAUCAAAAAGCAAGUACUUCUUACGUUUCUAGCACUCCUCACUCACUCACAUCUGCUGAAGCAUUGGAAUAAACAAUAAUAUAAAGUGGCACCAAAAAUUACGCACAACUGUAGAGCUUUUAAGUGCAUUUAAAAAAGUCUUAAAAUAAAUGCAUUUUGUUAUAAUCAUUUUAUGUCACACUUUACAUAAA